UCUCACACCGGUACACUGCUCUCCAUUCACCCGUAUGUAGAUUGAGCGUCCCGGGAGGUGGGACAAGGGCCGGGCAAAGGAACGCGACGUGUCUCUGACAGCUCUUAAAAACGCGUCUUUUUCCGCGUUUUUACCAACUACCUUCAACUACUUCACCUGAGAUCCCGGUACGCCCGUCUCCACUCACUAGGUCACUGCACCGGGGAGAGAUGCCUGGAAACACAACAGAAAACCUGGGUCGGCAAACGUCUACUAAUGUGACAUAUCAAGCUCAUAAUGUCAGUCGCAGUAAGAGAGGGCAAGUUGUAGGAACCCGAGGUGGUUUCAGAGGAUGUACAAUCUGGCUUACAGGUUUGUCUGGGGCUGGCAAGACAACUAUGGGCUUCGCAUUAGAGGAGUACCUGGUGUCCCAUGCCAUUCCCUGCUACUCUCUGGAUGGUGAUAACAUCCGUCACGGCCUCAAUAAGAACCUGGGCUUCAGUUCUGAGGAUCGUGAGGAGAAUAUCCGCCGUAUUGCCGAAGUGGCCAAACUGUUUGCAGAUGCUGGGCUGGUCUGCAUCACUAGUUUCAUCUCGCCAUUUUCCAAAGACCGUGCAGAAGCCCGGAAAAUCCUUGAAAGUGCAGGCUUGCCUUUUUUCGAGGUGUUUGUAGAUGCUCCUCUGGAGGUCUGCGAGAGCAGAGAUGUUAAGGGGCUUUACAAGAAGGCAAGAGCAGGACAGAUUAAAGGUUUUACUGGUAUAGAUUCUCUGUAUGAGCGUCCAGAAGCUCCUGAGCUGGUUCUGAAGACCAACGAGCUCACGGUUAAUGAAUGUAUCCAGCAGGUUGUGGAUAUGUUGAAGGAACAGAGCAUCGUUCCCACUGGAGUUAUGGAGGAGAUUAAUGAACUCUUUGUGCCCGAGAACAGACUCAAGCUGGCACAGGCGGAAGCCAGCACCCUUCCCGCUAUCAACAUCACCAAGUUGGACAUGCAGUGGGUGCAGCUGUUGGCUGAGGGUUGGGCUAGUCCUCUUAAAGGCUUCAUGACAGAGAGAGAAUACCUACAAGUUCUUCACUUCAACAACCUCCUAGAUGAUGGUAACAUCAAUCUCUCAGUACCCAUUGUGCUUCCUGUUGCUACGGAGCUUAAAGAAAGUUUAAAUGGCAGUGCGGCUGUGGCUCUGGAAUACCAGGGAAAACGUGUCGCCAUCCUACGAAACCCAGAGUUCUUUCCACAUCGAAAAGAAGAACGUUGUGCUCGCCAGUGGGGAACGACUUGCCAAAAACACCCUUACAUAAAGAUGGUUAUGGAAAGCGAUGAUUGGCUGGUAGGGGGUGAGCUAGAAGUGUUUGAGCGAAUUCGAUGGAACGAUGGGCUGGAUCAAUACCGCCUUACUCCACUGGAGCUAAAGCAGAGAUUUAAAGACAUGAAAGCAGACGCCAUUUUCGCCUUUCAGCUGAGGAACCCAGUGCACAAUGGCCAUGCCCUGUUGAUGACUGACACACGGAGACGAUUAGAGGAACGUGGAUAUCAAAGACCCGUGCUGCUUUUGCAUCCUUUGGGAGGCUGGACCAAAGAUGACGAUGUGCCUUUAGAUUGGAGGAUGAAGCAGCAUGCAGCCGUGUUGGAGGAGGGCAUUCUAGACCCAGACUCCACCAUUGUGGCCAUCUUUCCUUCACCCAUGAUGUAUGCAGGACCUACUGAAGUCCAGUGGCAUUGUCGUGCAAGGAUGGUAGCAGGUUGUAACUUCUACAUCGUGGGUCGUGAUCCUGCUGGAAUGCCCCAUCCGGAGUCAGGGCAGGACUUGUAUGAUCCAUCUCAUGGGGGUAAAGUUCUGUCUAUGGCCCCUGGACUGACCUCUGUGGAAAUCAUCCCGUUCAGAGUGGCCGCAUACAAUAAGACCAAAAAGGCAAUGGACUUUUAUGAGAAAGACAGGCAUGCUGAGUUUGAGUUCAUCUCCGGGACCAAGAUGCGCAAGAUGGCUCGUUCUGGAGAAAACCCUCCUGAUGGGUUCAUGGCCCCUAAAGCUUGGAAAGUCCUGACUGAGUAUUACAAUUCCCUGCAGAAAGACCAGUGAUGAUGACACAUAGCCUGACCCAUCAGGAGCCACUUUACAAGACAUUCCAACACACUGAAAACCUCAAAAAAAUCACAGACUUUAGAGAAAGAUUUAGAUUCGAGAAUACCUCAGAACAGUGAAACAGUGCAUGGCUUUGAAUAAUGAAUGUGCACAUACUUUUGGACUUAUAGGUCAGAUCAUGUGAAUUAUCAGGGUGCAGCUACCCAUAUGUUUCCCUGCUAUUGAAAAGCAGGCAGCAAAGAUGGGUGAGAUUUCGUGUAGAUAAGUAUUUGAUUACAGAUAAGACAAAUGUAGGUAUAAAGGGUCUCUCAGCUGUGAAACUUAAACUAAUGUGCCUUAAACCUGAUUAAGUGACUGUCAAUCCCAAAGAGAUAAUGCUAUAUUGUUCUUAAAUUAUUUAGAAAUGUGCCUUAUGCUUUUAAAGCAUGGGAAUGAGUUAUAAUCUAAAUACACUCUUUAUAUCAGAGCAGUGUUUAAAUGUGGCCAAUACACAUGUGAGAUUUUCUUUCCAAAAUGGGAUAAUAUUGGUGAAAUGAUUCCAAAUAACAUAUUUAUUGUUUAAGAUUUAUUGUACUAAUUCUGUGACAACAAUUAUUAACAUGUUUUAUGAGAAUGUGAACAACAAUUGUAGUAUAAUGUAAUUUAAAGGACUGUAUAUCUUAUCUUUUCUAAUUAAAUCUUUGUACUGCAUAA